AUGUUGUCGUUCCUCAAUCCAGCUAACAUUCCAGCACUAAGUGAUACAAGCAUCAGCACACCUUUGACCAACGCCAGUCCUAGUCCGGGCGCCUCGCCAGACCCGCUAGCACAACCGCCGAUCAAGAUCAAGACUUCCCGUAAAUGGGUCCUGCCACCUCGGCCAAAACCCGGUCGAAAACCUUCGCAGGCCGUAAACUCUAACGUACACUCGGGUAAAGAGCCCAAGGACGCUAAAAAGUCUAAGCAGACACCGCACGCGCAGCACGACCUGGAGGCCAGCAUCAUGAACAACCCUCUCAAACAACAAAUUCUAAGAAUCAACGAAGAAAAUUACUACCUCAAGCUGGAGGUCAUCAAGCUUGUGUCCGACCUGAAAAAUUUGAAAAAUGAAAUUCGAGAGAAGUCGAAGAAAACCGAAAAAAACGAGGCCCUACCGACCCCAUCGCCAUCAUUCCCACGUAAACGAAGCCACGACGACGACAUCAACGACCUCAUCGUGUCUCUCAUCGACCUGAACCACUCGCAGCAGGUCCAGCAGCCGGCUGCUCCGAAAACAGAGGAAAUGGACAAAUUCAUCAAGUUCGACGACCCGGACAUGGACUUCUCGUCGCCAGCGCUGUCCGAGGACGACCAUCUCGAUCUUCUAGACCACCACCCAGAGCACGAGGCCGACCUGACGCCUACUCCUUCCAUCUCGCUAACGAAAACAAACGAAACCAUGGACAGUCUCUCGGGCUCCACAUUGGUGUCGCUGUCGCCAAAGGGCUUCAAAUUGGCCGAGCUGCCCUCGUCGCCCGGCAAGGAUUCUGUCUUCUCCAUCUUCAAAUCGAACACGGCCGACUCCAUGCUGUCUCCGCCAACCACAGACCUUGCGCUGGGCUUGGAACCGAAAAAUGACCUCCAUUUCCAUGAUUACUAUGAGUUCGACAGCUUGCACGACGUUGAGCUCGAGUUCGAAAGCUUUAUCAAUGGAGAACUGUCAUGA